CUCGCUCAAUCACUGUCACACACGAAGCGCGUGAGAUCUCAGCGUCCAGCGGCACAAUAUGAGGCUGCAGUGAACGCGUGUGGGCCGUUAUGAGCGGGAAGAGCCUCUUGCUGAAGGUCAUUCUUCUGGGGGACGGCGGCGUGGGCAAGAGCUCCCUCAUGAACCGCUACGUGACGGACCGCUUCGAUUCGAAGUCCUUCCACACCAUCGGCGUGGAGUUUCUCAACCGCGACCUGGAGAUGGACGGGCGGCUGGUCACCCUGCAGAUCUGGGACACGGCGGGCCAGGAGCGCUUCAAGAGCCUGCGCACGCCCUUCUACCGCGGCGCAGACUGCUGCCUGCUCACCUUCGCCGUGGACGACCUGCAGAGCUUCCAGAACCUGGGCUGCUGGAAGAAGGAGUUCAUGUAUUACUCAGACGUACGAGACCCCGAGCGCUUCCCCUUCGUGGUGCUGGGAAACAAGGUGGACAAGGAGGAGCGGGAGGUGGGCGAGGAUGAGGCCCGGGCCUGGUGUGAGGAGAACGGCUGCUGUCCGUACUUCGAGACCAGCGCCAAGGACGACAGGAACGUGGGGGCCGCUUUCGAGGCUGCUGUCCGGGAGGUUCUGGCCAGCGAGGACCCCAUCGACCACACCCUGCUGAGCAGCUCCAUCGACCUCCACGGGAACCGAAAAGUGGCUCGCGCGUCCUGCUGUUGAGGUGCCUCUAAUGGUGCGUUCAAGUCAUGUCGGAUAGAUUGUAUUUAUGAGUUGAACGCACAUGAAAGUCACUACCAAGUCGUUAUUAUACG